GCUCGUUCCCUAAAAGUUAGCCAACAGCAGGGUUCAGGAAAUGCUGGAGCAGGACCAGUUCCUCAGCCACCUCGAACCAAUAAACUUCCACCAAUGGAUGCACAGAAAAAUCAACAGACGGAUGAGAUACUCAAUGCUAUUUUGCCACCCAGGUUGGGCCUGACUAGUAAUUUUAAAAUAAGUAUGAUAUCUUAAGUGCAUCAGCUCUGGGUUCAAAUAAUUAAUUUGAUACUCAAGGAUAAACUUUUGUUAAGUUUAUCUGAAUACCUAGAAUGGGAAUGUGAAUAUGGGGAUUAAUACACUUACAUAAUGGCAACUGCAGAAAUUGAAAUGUAAAUGAAGAUAAUUAUGCCUCACGCAGUUGUAAUAGCAAUGUAUUUUCUCAGGGAUGGUUCGGGGAGGGAGGGGGGCUCAAAAGGAUUCAAACCAACGGAUUCCACAUGAGCGUUUUGGUACUCUCUUUUAACUAAGCUAUGCAUGAAGACUAAUCAAUGUACAUUAGUAGCCUGUGAGCAAGCUCUUUAAUCAUGGCAAGCAAAGCGAAGUUUGUAGUGAAUGUAAUUACACACGUGGCUUUUCAUUAGGUUGUACUUUCAAUGUCACCAAAUAGUUAUUAGUAAGUUUUUAUUGCUAUGUUAUGACAGAGAGUGGACAGAAAAUGGACAGUUAUGGGUACAACAGGUGUCUAGCACUCCAGCCACAAGAUUAGAUGUUGUCAAUCUGCAGGUACAUACACAUACUUUUACUCUUAUAACAUUCAUGAAGGACGUUGGAAAUUUAACUCUUUUAAAGUAAUGCGUUAUUGUUGUAAUUCUGACACUUACACUUUUUUGUUUUUUUUUUCCUUCAGUUAAAUAUUAUAUUGCAUGUUAUUGUGAAAUAAUUUUAAACUCCACUUAUGUCAGUGUAAUUGUUCUGUGUUUAGGAGCAACUUGACAUGCGUCUUCAACAGCGACAAGCAAGAGAAACAGGAAUCUGUCCUGUUAGGAGAGAGCUUUACUCACAAUUUGCUUUGGUGAGUUUUUAUGUUAUCGUUUUACACUGUAAAUGUUAUUUUAUAGUGUGUCAAAUUUGUCACAGUCAAGUCUUUCUAUUGUCAGAGUGAAGGCUGGCACCGCAAAAGAACUGAAGUGUCUGCAUGGCCCAUAGGAGAUUGCUAGAAUGAAUGUCACUCCACAGUCAAAGAAAAUUAUUUAAGAAUAGCCGGGUUCAACUCUAGGUGUCUGCUAUGGGAUGGUGUUCAACUACAUAUACUGUAUACAGACAAGCCUUCUCAAUAUUAUGGAUACCAAAGGGACAGAACCUUGUGUCCCCUUUUUAGAGCUGACAGUCUGUAUUAGAUACGGAGGAACCUAUCAAGUAUGCAAGGAUGUGCAGUAACAUUGUGGAGUUGUCCCUAAGCCAUUUUUUUGUAGUAAUAAGUAAUAAAGAUGCAAUCCUGGACAAAAGUCCUUGGGACAAUACUGCAACAUUCCUAUUUUUCUGUUAUUUCUCGGUUCCUCUUAAAACAGUGUAUCAUUUUCGAAAUUUUCUUGCAGUUCUCCCUCCCCCCCAACCUAUACAAAGUUGAAACUCGGAAAAAAAUUCUGGAUACACACGUCCAACAUUGUUUGUGAGGUGAGGGGAGGGGUUGGACCUGUGUGAAUUGGAAAACGCCCCAGAAACACAAGUGUCUCAAGACUUUUGUCCAUGAUUGUAGUUACUAUCUCUGCAACUCUAAAAUUCAUAAUAUUAUUAUUAAGAGUGAUUAUAGUCUAUUCAUAGAGAGGCACUUUAAUAGACCAUGUCUUGUACUCUAUCAAUUUUAGAUGAGCUGAUUCGCCAGGUGACAAUUAACUGUGCAGAGCGUGGUCUUCUAUUGCUGAGGUAUGUUUAUAUGCAUUGCACUGUUCUGAAAAAUUGAAUGAAGUCCUUUUUGUCGACUAUAAAGUUCAAUAUAUUUUGGUUUGAAGAUUCUUCGAUGGCAAGUUAGAGUAGAAUAUUUUAUAAUGUAUAGGAUAAGAUGUGAUCUAUCAAUAUAAAUUAUAAGCUGGCCUUUAUACAUGUAUGAGGUUGAUAUCUGGUUGAUUGCUGUGAGUCCCCAGGUUAGCAGCACACUAAUCUUUGAGUAUCCUGUGGUUUCUUAGGUAAUUCCUGCCAUUAUUUAGGUAUUACAUGAUACAAUCUGGAUAAAUUUAUAUUUAUAAUGUUUUUCAGGAUGAUUUUUAGCAAUUAUGUCUGCCAUCAUAACUCAAUCUGAACGGCUGGGAAGUUCUUUUGGUUCUAAGUUCCUUUUGGUUCGACCCAUGGAAGUAUCUGUUCCUAGAAGUUGGGAGUAUUGUAAGACCCCAGCCCUUAGUGAUGGUAACCUAGCUGUCAAUAUGAUAUAUAUUUUUUGUUUUUGCUGCAGAGUGCGUGAUGAGAUAAGAAUGACUAUUGCUGCUUACCAGACUUUGUAUGAGAGC